AUGUCGGCGUCCAAGAAACUGCGAGCGUGUCUGAUGUGCAGCUUCGUCGCGAUGCCAUCCGAGUUCCGAAGAGAUGGCUGUCCGAACUGUGAUGAGUACCUCGAGGUCAGUUGGGAGACGACCGACGACCGACGACCGACGACCGACGACGACGACCGGCGCUCAGCGCUCGCCGAUUUCGAGGGCUCGGCAUAAUGCGGAUGCGGAUGCUGAUGAUGUGGUAUGCUACGUAUGGAACAGAUGAAAGGCUCGAGCGAUCGAGUGGUGGAAUGCACGACGACCAAGUUCGAUGGGGCGAUCGCGUUGAUCAACCCGAGGGAAAGCUGGGUCGUCAGUUCAUGAGCUGGGCAGGGGGGCGACCACCCUGUACUGCGACGGAGCACUGAUCAUGUUGGGUUCUCUCACCUAGGCCAAAUGGCAGAGGAAUGGUGCGUCUCCCACCCGAUGACGAGGGGAGGUGAUGAAAGCUCGAACGAGCGCCGGUGUGCACGCGCCAUGAGCAGCUGACCAGGAUAUGAGUGAUGACACUGUCGAUAACAACAGACAAACACUCACCUGGGGUAUACGCCGUCAGGUGUGCUCUCAACUCCAAGCGCCUGACUGGAUAGCGGCCCCGCACUGACCCAGCUCGUUCUGUUCUGUGGCUCAGGGUGACGGGUCAACUGCCCGAACAGAUCGUCGAGGACUUGGAGGCGAGGGGGGUCACGGUCCAUUCGAGGGAGAUGAACGAUGACUGA